AGAAAUAGACUGUUUCAUUCAACUCAUUCACAGUUAACUGGCACACAGGUUCAGAGUCUCCAAUCGCCCAAUUCCUUUAAGCCACCAUUCUGCUGCUGUUCAGGACUAUCGACGGCGUCAGGUGAAAUCUGGUAGUGAAGCUCCCAUUGUAAGAGAACCAAUGUUUACCCUUUCUUGUUUCCCAUCAUAUCCUAAAGCUAAUUGUGAAGUUUUAAGGGGGCCUGUUGUCUCAGCUGUUAAAACGGUGCCGUCUUCACCCAACCCAGUGCCACCUAAAAAAACACUGGCUGCUGCACUUGUUGAAAGUACCAAGAGGCAAUCAGUUGCUUCAGUUCCAAAGGAAAUUGCAAAGUUAGCUCAAAGAUUUUUCCCUUUCUUCAAUCCUUCAUUAUUUUCACAUAAGCCACCCCCUGCAGCAGUCGUAAAUGGGGUGCUUUUCACUGAUGCAGAGGAUGGGCUGUCGGCACUGGGGUUGAUGGAAUAUAACACGGAUUGGAAGGCGAUUCAACAACGUUUUCUUCCAUGCAAAUUGAAGCGUCAGAUUUUCGUUAGGCAAAAAAAUCGCUGCUCAUCUAAAGCACCAGAAAAUCCCAUAAAGGCAGUUCGGAGAAUGAAAACCUCUCCAUUGACUGUGGAAGAGAUAGCAUCUAUUCAGGAGGGACUUAAGCUUUAUAAAAUGGACUGGAUGUCUGUGUGGAAGUUUGUUGUCCCACAUAGAGAUCCAUCCUUAUUACCUCGGCAGUGGCGCAUUGCCCUUGGAACUCAGAGGUCAUAUAAGCAGGAUGCAGCAAAAAAGGAGAAGCGAUGAUUAUAUGAAUCAAGAAGAAGAAAAUGCAAAACUGCAGAUCUGCCAAGUUGGCAAACCACAUCUGAAAAGGAGGACAAUCAAGCUGAAAAAGCUUGUCGGGAGAAUAACAGCAGAGAUGAUAGCAUAGAUAAAGCUAGUGAAGCUCAUGUGCACCAGGCGUUUUCAGCAGAUUGGAGGCCCAGUACCUUCAGUCCCAUGAAUUCUGCUCAUCCUUGCUCAAAUAUAAAAGAAAAAAACCUGCCUAUGGAUACUCUGGCUCAAGGAAGUACUCCGAUCAGGAAACAAUCAACUUAUAAUGGAUCUAGAGAAGCACAAUCCCAGACUGCUAUCAUGCAUAAGCUUCCACAAUUGUCACAGUAUACUCAGCAUCCCUUUAGUUCAUCUCAUGCUACAAAUUGUGCAUCUAAUACCAUGAAACAAAAUCAUCCAGCUUUUGGUAUGACAUCAAAUAUUAGUAAAUCCCCAUUCUGUUUUCGGCCUUAUCAGGCUCGUAAAAAUAGUAGUGCUACUAAUUUCCACCUAGUGAAAUUAGCACCAGACUUGCCACCUGUGAAUCUGAUAGGGACCUCGGUCACGACCCUAGACGCUAAGCUGCUGCGCCCCUCCUUGUGCCAUGAUGACCGACAUGAUCUGCCACUUGCUUGACAGUGAUGGCUAUGUAUGGUGUUGGAUUAACUUGGAUGAGUGUUCAAAGGAUGUUUCUGGGCGAAAUGUUGGUGGGCGUGCAUGCAUGCAUGUGUAGAGCAGUUGGGCGGUUUUAAGCGGUUAAGUAGGUGGUUGGCUGUGGGUUGGCUAAAUGGGUGGUUGGCUAAGGCAGCUUCUGAUGUUUGUGGUUACUUCCUGCAAAGUAGGGAGGUGGUUAUGGCUGGACAAGUGUCUAAGUUUGGGCGUGUGGCUUGGACAGUUACCACUAACUACUGUGCUUGUCCCUGUCCUUGCUCCAACUCAACUAUGGUGGCCUGGUGCAGGCUAAGCCCCCUUUAAUGGCUACUUGUGGCUGCCUU